AGCACCCAGCCCCGAGCCCCGAGCCCCGAGCACCCAGCCCCGAGCCCCGAGCACCGAGCCCCGAGCACCGAGCACCCAGCCCCGAGCACCGAGCACCCAGCCCCGAGCCCCGAGCCCCGAGCACCGAGCACCGAGCCCCGAGCACCCAGCCCCGAGCACCGAGCCCCGAGCACCGAGCCCCGAGCACCCAGCCCCGAGCCCCGAGCACCGAGCCCCGAGCACCCAGCCCCGAGCCCCGAGCACCCAGCCCCGAGCCCCGAGCACCGAGCACCCAGCCCCGAGCCCCGAGCACCCAGCCCCGAGCCCCGAGCACCCAGCCCUGAGCCCCGAGCACCCAGCCCUGAGCCCCGAGCCCCGAGCACCCAGCCCCGAGCCCCGAGCACCGAGCCCCGAGCACCGAGCACCCAGCCCCGAGCACCGAGCACCCAGCCCCGAGCCCCGAGCCCCGAGCACCGAGCACCGAGCACCCAGCCCCGAGCCCCGAGCACCGAGCCCCGAGCACCGAGCCCCGAGCACCCAGCCCCGAGCCCCGAGCACCGAGCCCCGAGCACCCAGCCCCGAGCCCCGAGCACCCAGCCCCGAGCCCCGAGCACCGAGCACCCAGCCCCGAGCCCCGAGCACCCAGCCCCGAGCCCCGAGCACCCAGCCCCGAGCCCCGAGCACCCAGCCCUGAGCCCCGAGCACCCAUCCCCGAGCCCCGAGCACCGAGCACCGAGCCCCGAGCACCGAGCCCCGAGCACCGAGCACCCAGCCCCGAGCCCCGAGCACCGAGCACCGAGCCCCGAGCACCCAGCCCCGAGCCCCGAGCACCCCGCCCCGAGCCCCGAGCCCCAAGCACCCAGCCCCGAGCACCGAGCACCGAGCCCCGAGCACUGA